AUGCCGACCAUUUCGGUGGACAAAGCUGCUCUUUUCAAAGAGCUGGGCCGAGACUACACUACGGAGGAAUUUGACGAGCUAUGCUUUGAAUUCGUCUCGUUGACAUAUAUAUUCAAGACCACCGAUCAAGAACGGCCCGACAAUGAACCCCCGCAACUCAAGAUCGAAAUACCUGCCAACAGAUACGAUCUUCUUUGCUUCGAGGGAAUUGCGUUGAUGCUCAACAUUUUCCUGGGUCGCAAACCAUCGCCCAAUUACCGAUUAGUGCCACCGGCAAGCGGAGAGUUAGAGAAGAUCAUCGUUAAGGAAGACACAACGAAAAUCAGGCCUUACGUCUCCGGCGCUAUCCUGAGAAACGUCACCUUCACCAAAGAGCGAUAUGAGUCUUUCAUUGCCCUACAAGACAAGUUGCACCAGAACCUUGCCCGCCAGCGUACACUUGUAUCUAUCGGUACACAUGACAUGGACACCAUUAAAGGCCCGUUCACUUACGAAGCUCUCCCGCCGAAGGAGAUUCGAUUUGUGCCCCUGAACCAGACCAAGGAACUGAAUGGCGAAGAACUCAUGGCGUUUUACGAGAAAGAUAAGCACCUUGGCAGAUAUCUCCAUAUUAUCCGGGAUUCUCCCGUCUACCCGGUGAUCUAUGACUCAAAUCGCGUUGUCUGCUCUUUACCACCGAUCAUCAAUGGCGACCAUUCGAAAAUCAAAGUGGACACGAAGAAUGUCUUCAUCGAGAUCACUGCCCUUGACAGGACAAAGUUGGAGAUUGUCAACCAAAUCAUGGUUACGAUGUUCUCCCAGUACACGUCUGAGCCUUUCACGAUUGAGCCCGUUCAAAUCGUUUCAGAACACAAUGGUGAAACGAGGAUAACUCCAGAUCUUUCACCGCGUACUACACAGGCGGAAAUUUCAUACAUCAAUCAAUGUUGCGAUCUGAAUCUUUCCGCCGAGGAGAUAUCUCGUUUGCUAGUGAAAAUGGCAUACACUGCUCGACCAUCUAAGGCAUCUAGCAAUCUCAUUGAUGUCGAUGUUCCUCCAACUAGGGCCGAUGUUCUACAUCAAGUGGACAUCAUGGAGGACGUUGCUAUUGCAUAUGGGUUCAACGAGCUUCCACGCAGUUUCCCGAGCAAGUCGGGUACAAUCGCACAGCCUCUACCAGUCAACAAACUUUCGGAUAUUGUCCGCAUAGAGGCAGCAAUGGCUGGCUGGUCUGAAGUACUACCCUUGAUUCUGUGUUCUCACGACGAGAAUUUUGCUUGGCUUAAUCGCAAGGAUGACGGCAACACUGCAGUCAAACUUGCCAACCCAAAGACGCUCGAGUUCCAAGUGGUGCGUACCAGCUUACUUCCCGGCCUGUUGAAAACCAUCAGGGAGAACAGGAACCACCCUGUACCCAUGAAGAUCUUUGAGGUCAGUGAUGUUGCCUUCAAGGAUCUGUCUCUCGAGCGCAAGAGCCGCAAUGAAAGACACUUUGCUGCAGCCUGGUACGGCAAGACUAGCGGCUUCGAAGUCGUGCACGGUCUAUUAGAUCGUGUGCUGGCGAUGUUGAAGAGCGCAUUCAUCACGGGCGAGGAGGGCUUGGAUAACGCUGCUGUGAACGACUCUCGUUACUGGAUUGAAGAAUUGGAUGAGCCCACUUAUUUCCCGGGACACGCCGCUGCAGUUCAUGUCAGCAUCGGCGGUAAGGAACAAGUCAUCGGUGCAUUCGGUAUCCUGCACCCUACUGUCUUGGAAAACUUCGGCCUUAAAUACCCCGUUAGCACUCUGGAAUUGAAUAUCGAGGCGUUCCUGUAG